AUGCAUCGUCUUUUUGCUGAGCUGGAGCCAUCUUUAACCGUCACAGAGCAAAACCUGGCAGACCGAGUUCGGUAUAUCUUGCGCUCAAAUAUAUUUGAUGUCGCCGAACUCGAACGGCUACGACGUGAGGCUGUUCCCUCAUCGGAUGAAAAUGCUACGGCUGAGGAUGCGGCGCCACAAAUUGUAGAGCAACCCGCGAACGUGGAUGCCGCCGUGAAUACCCCAGUUGUGAUUGAUUCAAACGAUGAUGGAACAAUCGCCCAGGAACUGGAAUUAGAGCAUAUGAGGAGUACAUUGGAAGGGGCGAUUGUGGAAACGCGCAGUACGCCUCUCGAAAAUUGA